UCCAAAGCUCAAACUAUAAAUGCAGAACAAUCUUGUUUAAAACAUCACCAAACUUGAAAGUUGCACAAUAGAACUAAACCAAUUCAAAACCUGUAUCCAUUGGUCUCCCCAAGAAAUCAAACUCCAUGGGCUCGAUUUCAUGUCCUUCCAACUCCAACACCACCAUUCCGGUAGUGUCAACCUUAUCUUCUUUGGAAAUCCCAUCUUCGGGUCACAAAAGGUCCGAUCCUUCACCCCAAAUGCCCAUUAGCUUGUGGCCCGGAAUGUUCCACUCGCCGGUGACAAAGGCACUGUGGCAUGCAAGGACUAAGAAGUUGGAGAGGCUUUUUCUGGACCCGCCAAUGGACGCUCCUCCACAGAGCGAAUUGCUCAACAAAACUCCCUCGCAGAGCAGGACUACAAUUCUCUAUAAUUUCUCUAAGGAUUAUACAUUGAGGGAGCAGUAUUCGGAUCCUUGGAAUGAGGGUAGAAUUGGUAAGUUGCUCAAAGACCUUGAUGCUCUAGCUGGAACCAUUUCUGUCAAGCACUGCUAUGAUCUUGACAGCACAAUGCGGCCACCCUUGCUGGUCACUGCAUCUGUUGAAAACAUUGUGCUGAAGAAGCCAAUUAGUGUUGAAAUUGACCUGAAAAUAGUUGGUGCUGUAAUAUGGGUGGGGAGCUCAGCUAUUGAGAUCCAACUAGAAGUCACUCAAUCCAUAGAAGAAGUCUCAGACAAUUCGGAUUCUUUAGUCCUUUCAGCCAACUUCAUAUUUGUGGCUGGUGACUCUAAGAAUGGGAAGGCUGCUCCAGUUAAUUGACUCUUACCAGAAACUGAAAGAGAAAAAUUACUUUUCAAGGAAGCAGAAGUAAGAAAUAAUCUGAGGAAAAGAU